AUGUUUAAGCAACAAUUAUCGCCUCGCACAGUACACCCUUAUCAAACAACGGUGGUGUCUAGGAGCGAACAACAAUUUGCAUCGGCUGCUCAACAAAGGGCAAAGUAUCCGUGGGCGGAGGAUAUCAACACUCCAGUCUAUCAAGUUGCAGGAACCGACAGUUCUACGUCCGACAAUGCCUACCAUAUGCCUCACUACUAUAAUGGUACUGCGCGAGAAUAUGGUCCACCAUCACCCGUGUAUCAAGCUCCAUAUGGAGGAGGAACUUGGCGCAGCUACAAGAAAGUAGAGAAAAUUCCGACCCAUCUGCCAUCUACAGAGACUUACUCGUUCCCACAGUGUGCCUCUGCUUUCUCACUACCUUUGUGUGAUGUGGAGCCUCAUACACAGGGUGUGAACAGAUCCCCUAUACCUCCUGUACCCUCCAUUAGUCCAGAAGUACCCAUUAUAGGAGCUUGUGGGGGUCAUUGCCCAGGAUUUGAAUAUGUGUGCUAUUAUAUUUUGCAGGUUAUUUUUGUAGUUGGUAUCCUGACUGGAAUAUCUCUAUGUAUUGCUGGAAUUGUAUUAAGGCGGACAAACCGCAAUGGAGAUCUUGGUGUAUUAGUGUAUAUAGGAUGCUUAUCUUCUUGCGUGUGCGGCGUUUUACUAGGCGUCCAAUGCUGUGUUCGUCGUGAAAUUAGACAAAGGAAACUGCGUGCCAAUAUGCAUAUACCAAUGCAAUCAAUUCAAGAACCUCCUGCCCAAGCUUGCCCAUUGUUGACAUCCACAUUACCUCAUAGUCGAGUAUAUAGACCCACAGUAAAUAUAUGUGCAGAAGAAGAUGUGACCGGAGUUCCUUGGUGGCGUCGAAAUAACAGAGACUGA